CUAAUCUGACAGUGCGAACGUCGCGUAUCAGUCUCCUUAUCAAAUUAUAGAAAUGGUGUUAUAGAAAUCUUACACAUUACAAAAUUCCAGUGCGUUUGUUGUUUUCGAAGGCGUUGUUUCGUGGUGUUUGUAUAUUCUGUGUGCAAUGGACUCAGACUUAAUUUCCGAUAUCGUAACUACAUGCAACUUUGUAUACAUACAGUCUAGAAACGCUUUAAUUCGCUCUUUGGACGUACCCAACGGGUGGCUAUACAACCUUCGGUCUUUUUAUAAAAAUUUAAAUAAAAACACAAGCAUGGUUGAGUUGGAGCUGCCAGUUAAUGAUGUUAUCUGGCGUGCCGAUGAGCUGGAAGGUGAAAGCACCGAUGGAUCUAACGUGGAAUAUAAUCCUUGGCCGUCGUAUAGCUUCACUGGUAAGCUGAGGCCGUUCCCUGCUGGUCCGAAGCGCACCGUGCCACCUCAUAUUGGGCGGCCGGACUAUGCCGAUUCUCCUACUGGCUUCCCGGCGUCAGAGAACGCUGCGAAAGGCUCCGGACAGAUCAAAGUGCUGGACGAUGAAGAAAUUGAAGGGAUGAAAGUGGCGUGUCGGCUUGGUAGAGAAGUUUUGGAUGAAGCUGCCAAAGUGUGUGAUGUUGGUGUCACAACUGAAGAGAUAGACCGUGUUGUACAUGAGGCCUGCGUUGAGAGGGAGUGCUACCCCAGCCCUCUCAACUACCACAACUUCCCAAACAGUUGCUGCACGUCUGUCAAUGAGGUCAUCUGCCACGGGAUACCUGACUUGCGCCCUUUGCAGGAUGGAGAUAUUUGCAAUGUAGAUGUCACUGUAUACCAUCGCGGUUUUCAUGGUGAUUUGAACGAAACAUUCUUUGUUGGCAACGUACCAGAGUCUAGCCAGAAACUGGUGCAAAUCACAUAUGAGUGUCUGCAAAAGGCUAUAGAUAUUGUGAAGCCAGGUGAAAAGUACAGGGAGAUUGGUAAUGUGAUUCAGAAACACGCUCAAGCUAGCGGUUUCAGUGUUGUUCGGUCAUACUGCGGACACGGUAUACACAGACUGUUUCACACGGCCCCCAAUGUGCCGCAUUAUGCCAAAAACAAAGCGGUUGGAGUGAUGAAGCCAGGUCAUUGUUUCACGAUCGAGCCGAUGAUCAAUGAGGGUGGCUGGCGCGAUGAGCAGUGGCCAGACCACUGGACCGCUGUCACCGCUGACGGAUCUAGGUCUGCUCAGUUUGAACAAACUCUCCUGGUCACUGAGACGGGAUGCGAAAUCCUCACAAAACGCAACACUGGACGGCCCUGGUUCAUGGAUCAGUUGGAGAAACUGAAAUCUAAAUCAUAGUGGAAUGUACAUAAGUAUAGAGAUAGUGUGGCAAGUUGUUUGUGUAUUUUGUGUUCUUAUUAACAAAACUACAAGUUGGGAAACUUUUUGAUACAUUGAAAGACAAAAACAUUAGUUAAGAAAUGGUUACUUUUGGUAAGUCCUUUACUAAAGACACAAAUGACUUUUCCUUAAAAUAACCUUAAUCACCACCCAUCCACUGAGGUUCAUUCCUCAUUUGAACUAGUAUUAGCUCAAGACUUAAAUUCUAUGUAUAUUGUAAUAAAAUUAAUUGUUAACACAACAAAAGUGUUAAAUGGAAAAGUCAGCUCAUAACAGUUGACUAUAAAAUUGGUAAAUAGAUUAAAUAUUCAAUUGUAUGGAUCUGUGCAGACUGACCAUAAAGACUAAUUGAUGCCAAUUAAAAUCAUAACUCAUGUCUCAGGAACAUAUGGAUAAUAUUGUAAUGACAAAUCUGCAAAUUAAUUGGAGCUUUUUUACAGUUAGUAAAUAUUGUGUGUUAAGGGUUAUAAAGUUGAAUUUUAAUUGUCGCUGGAGUCGUUUUUUUAUUUAGUCUGCCAUCAAUACAUCUCAGUGGAUGUUGACUAUAGACUUAGUGUGAAUUGUUUCAAACUAUGGGUACCCAUAGAAAUAAGGCAUGUUGGCCAAGAAAAUUUCAUAUAUUGUAAUAAUUCAAUUAUCUCAAUACUGAAAUACAUAAGAAAAUACGAAAUUCGUAAGCCAAAGCUUCUUAUAAACUUUUGACGUGUACAAACGGUUUGAAACAAAAAGGCUUAUUAUUGCUUACUUUAUGGUUAGGUUUUGUAAAAAUUAAAUUGACAUCACUUAUUUGGAACUGAGUUUGUUUGUAAUAAUGUUUUUUGAAGUUGGUGUGUCGUAUAGGUCAUAGUCGACCUAAUUUAUCUCGUAUGCAUAACGAAAGUUCAUCCAUUUGACAUUAACAAAUUGUCAAUGAAGUAGUUUGAGAAGAAUAUGCAACCAAAGUAUGAGUGACCCAUUCCUAGUAGAAACAGAGGUAAUAUCUAUAACCGACAGUUGAACGGCUAAUUGACGUAAGCGUCAUUUCUUUUCGAAAAAAAUUAACUAUAUUAAAAAAAACAUAGAAAAAGUGCUAAUUUUAAUGUAUGAUAUACUUAUUAAAAUCAGCGCUCUUUUCUAUGUUUUUUUUUUAAAUAAUAUAUAAACUUACGCAAAAUGUCGCUUAAGCCAAUUAGCCUUUCCGUCGAUAUAAUGGCCCAAAAUGAAUGUAUAAAUGAUAAUAUUAUAGACACUACGUAUUAACAACUUGUUUAAAAAUGCAAUCCUGCAUAAUAAUAUAAUCCUAAUAAAUAUGUUUGCUAACCGCCAUUUUCAAUAAACGAUCUUUAUUUUCGAUCUAUCUCAAAAAUGGACCAAUCAGAAAAAAAUGUUUUUGACAUUUACAGAUGAGUUAUUUUGAUUGUUCAAUUCUCGGAAUCGGAUUGAAGUUUGAGAUCGGGAUCGUUUAUUAAAAACGGUUGUAAGAUAGACUAAUGUUUGGGUACUUUACACUAUCCAGCAAUGAAUUGUAAUGUGCAUUUUCAUUUACCUUCCCUUCAGUACCAGGGUUCAUAAUGUCGAAAAUGCGUUCCAAGACGGUUGAUGCAACCUGUCAAAUAAUUAAAGCAUAUGCAGUCCCUAUAAAAUAGGGAAGGUGGUUGAAAACACCUUAAAGUUUAGGAGACCAGGAACUAAGUUAAGUAAUCCAGUCUAGACCUUAACUUACAUAGUAAUUUUUGUAUACACACCAUAAACAAGCUAAACGCUCGAUAAGUGAUUUUUCUCAUCAUUCUGUGUACUCAGCUGUAAACUCAGCUUAUAUUCUACGUAUAAUUCUCUGUCAUCCGAGUCAAGCUUACACUAUAACAUAGCUUAGAUCUUGGUCUGAA